CUCUCUCUCUCUCUCUUCUUUCUCUCUCCUCUCUCUCUCUCUAAAGAGAGGGAGGGGGGAGAGAGAGAGGUGUCGAUCGAAAGGUUCGUCGAUCGUUCGAUUACUUAACGCGUUUUCUCGUCUAGGGUUUGGGCGAUCGAUAGGGGGCUGUGUUAGUAUAAAAUCCCCCACUUUUCGCCCCCCUUUUCCUACUCAAUUUGGCCAAUUUCCGCGUCGAUUUCGAUUGGAGUUUUCCGGGAUUUGGCGCUGUCGAUUGGAAAGGGGAGGUAGAGAUUGGGGGAUUCUUCUUCAGUUCAAUUUCGUUUUGUUCUCUCUCUCUGUCCAUCGCAGGGGAUUUCGAUUUUGUACAAUUUUUGGAUUUUUUUAUUGGUUUUCAGGAGAAACUAGAUUUGGGUUUUGUGAUUUUGGAUUCGGUGAUCACUCUUUGGACGUCAAAAUCCGAUCUUUGUUCAUUUUUGUGGAGUUUCCGUAUUGUUAGGGUUUGUUUCAAUCUUCUUUGGUUGGUUUUUAAAAUCCCCAACCUAAAUUCCAGGGGAAAUUGGAUUUGGGUUUUGCGAUUUGGGACUCGGUGAUUACUCUUUUUGGUGUCAAAGUCUCAUCUUUGCCAUUCUUAGAGGAGAUUGGUAUUAGGGGUUUUCUCAAUCAAUUGCAAUUGAUUCUAAAGGUAUAUAAGAUCAUCAAAUAUGUGGAGUGAGAUGAAGCCCAUAUUGAAGAGCAAAUCUGAUGAUGAAGCUGAUUAUUUCCCGUCGUCUCCCCGAAAAGAUUGGUCCAUCAAUCUCAUGAAAUUCGUAUCGAUUUUGGUCAUAUUCAUGACCGGUUUGGCGAUCGGCCUAUCGCUAAGCGGCCACCUGAGCCGGUUCUACACCUCGCAGACCGAUCUCUUCUUCCCGCGCACCACGUACGCCGCAAGCUGCGACGGGGACUGCAUGAGCCUGCAGAAUUUCAUCAAACCCCCGCAUUUGAUCCAUUCGAUGAGCGACGAGGAGCUGUUUUGGCGUGCGUCGAUGGUGCCCAAAAUGGAGGAGUAUCCGUUCGAGAGGGUGCCGAAAGUGGCCUUCAUGUUUAUGACCCGCGGGCCUUUGCCCUUCGCGCCGCUUUGGGAUCGGUUCUUUAAGGGUCACGAAGGGUUGUAUUCGGUUUACGUGCAUACUCUUCCCGAUUACAGGCUUAAUGUGUCGAUGAGCUCGGUGUUCUUCGGCCGACAGAUCCCGAGUGAGGAAGUGUCGUGGGGAUCCGUGACGCUAGUAGAUGCCGAGAAGCGCUUAUUGGCCAAUGCUCUGCUCGACUUCUCCAACGAGCGCUUCAUCCUACUCUCCGAGAGCUGCAUUCCGGUGUACAACUUCCCCACCGUUUAUGAAUACCUUAUAAAUUCCGCGCACACGUUCGUGGAAUCCUACGACGAAAAUACCCCUCAAGGCCGCGGCCGCUACAGCCGCCGCAUGGCCCCUAAAAUCCAGCUCUACCAUUGGCGGAAAGGGUCGGAGUGGUUCGAGCUCAACCGCGAGCUCGCUAUCAACAUAGUGGCGGAGUACAAGUACUAUUCCCUCUUUAGGAAGUAUUGUAGACCAUCUUGCUAUCCCGACGAGCAUUACAUACCGACUUACUUGAACAUGUUCCACGGGUCUUUGAAUGCGAACCGGAGUGUGACGUGGGUCGACUGGUCGAGAGGCGGGCCCCACCCGGCCACCUACGGAGCUCCGAACGUCACGGUCGAAUUCAUCCGGGCUAUUAGAAACAACGGGACCUUCUGUAUGUACAAUUCGAGGCCGACUUCGAUUUGCUUCCUCUUUGCUCGGAAGUUCGCUCCUAGCGCCUUGGGGCCGUUGCUCAACCUCACGUCGACGGUGAUGGACUUUUGAUUGGAUCAUUCGUCGAACAAUCGUGGCCGUCGAGUUGCAAAGAUCACGCCAACGACCCCCGCAUCGAUCAACCAACGGAGAGAUAUCCUCUUUCCAUAAAUGGAUAGAGAUGGCUUUGGUGGCGGUUCCUUUUCGUAUUCCAAAGUUUGGUUACCAAAUAGCACCGAAGGCGCCACCGAGAGGGAUCUUCGAUUUGUUCUCGUGCUACAUUCUUUUUCUUUUCUUUCCAGUUUCAUUACUGUUCUGUACAAGAUGAUUUGUAUUGACUUGUUCAGAUACUAAUUUUUGUGAAUACCAACUCAUCAUUCAUUGCUUUGAUUAAACUCUCAGUGAGCAUCAGAUGCCGAUGAGGUUCAGAUUUUGG